AUGACCAAGGGCGAGAUCCUUCACCUUCACCUGGGCCAAGCUGGUACUCAGCUCGGCAAUGCUGCCUGGGAACUCUAUCUUCUCGAGCACGGCCUCGGUGCCGAUGGCAGACCUGACCCCAAUGCUAAGGACAUCGGCGACCCGGGUUCUUUCGAGACUUUCUUCACCGAAUCAAGCAACGGAAAGCAUGUUCCUCGAUCCAUAUUCAUGGACCUCGACCCGUCUCCCAUAGACGAGAUCCGCACUGGUCCCUACCGCCAGCUCUUCCACCCCGAGCUGCUCAUCAGCGGCAAGGAGGAUGCCGCCAACAACUACGCCCGUGGUCAUUACACUAUUGGCAAGGAGAUGGUGGACAACGUCAUCGACCGCGUUCGACGUGUUGCCGACAACUGCCAAUCCCUUCAAGGCUUCCUCAUCUUUCACUCCUUUGGCGGUGGCACCGGCUCUGGCUUCGGCGCGCUCCUCCUCGAGCGGCUCGCUGCCGAGUAUGGCAAGAAGACGAAGCUCGAGUUCGCCGUCUACCCUUCGCCCCGUACCAACACCGCCGUCGUCGAGCCGUACAACGCCGUUCUGUCUACCCACAGCACCAUCGAGAACUCGGAUUGCACUUUCCUCGUCGAUAACGAGGCCGUAUAUGAUAUCUGCCGCCGCAACCUCGAUAUCCCCCGCCCUUCGUACGACCAUCUGAACCGUCUGAUUGCCCAGGUCGUCAGCUCCAUCACCUCGUCACUUCGAUUCGAUGGAGCCCUCAACGUCGAUUUGAACGAGUUCCAGACCAACCUUGUCCCCUAUCCCCGAAUCCACUACCCCCUCAUCAGCUAUGCUCCUGUUGUGUCGGCGUCCAAGAGUGCCCACGAAGGCUUCAAGGUUCACGACCUCACCUUCCAGUGCUUCGAGCCAAACAAUCAAAUGGUUGUCUGCAACCCCCAGAAUGGCAAGUACAUGGCCGUUGCGCUUCUGUAUCGCGGCGACGUUGUUCCCCGCGACUGCAAUGCCGCCAUUGCUGCAAUCAAGGCACGAGCAUCGUUCAACCUGGUGGAGUGGUGUCCGACAGGCUUCAAGCUCGGCAUCAACUAUCAAAAGCCAGUGGCCGUACCUGUCUCUGCCGAGGAUGGCGGCCUUGCUUCCGUUGACCGAUCCGUGUCCAUGCUUUCCAACACGACUGCCAUUGCCGAGGCCUGGUCCCGCCUUGACCACAAGUUCGACCUUAUGCACAGCAAGCGUGCCUUUGUCCACUGGUACGUCGGUGAAGGAAUGGAGGAAGGAGAGUUCACAGAGGCCCGCGAGGACCUUGCUGCGCUCGAGAGGGACUAUGAGGAGGUUGCCGCCGAGUCUUUCGAUCACGAGGAGGAGGAAGAGUAUUAG